CUCCCAUUACGAUACGCCCGCGCGACUCUAGUCUCGGAGACUAGUCGCCGCGAAGUAUCUCACAUACAUUUAUAUGGACACUCUCACAUUACGAUACUGGUAUUCUACGCGUUCGCGACUAGUCUCGCGAUACCCGCCGUGUUGGUCGCUUGUGCGUCGCGUCUCGCGCGUUUCGACAAGAUGGCGGCGGAGCAAGAAACAAAUAUUAAGUUUGUACAAGAAAUUGAAAAACAUGCUUGUUUAUAUAACUACAAACUACCUGAAUACAUGCGAAAAAAUAUAAUAGACAAGACUUGGGCAGAAAUUGGGAACAAAUUUCAAAUAACAGGAUCAGAAGCUAAAGAAAAGUGGAAAAAUCUACGUAGUGUUUUUGUUCGCCACUUGAAACCGGCCAAAAGUGGAGCAGGUACUGCACAAAAAAAACCAUACUACUUAGCAGACUAUAUGCAAUUUACUGUACCCUUCAUAAAAACAGCAGGAAAACCAUCAGGAAAUUUGAAAGAGACGAUAGAACCACAGACACCUGAUCUUGAACUAUGUGAACAAACACAGUUCACAGAAAAUGUACCUACAAGCACUCAAUCAAUCUCGCAACAGCAAUCAUCUCUUCCUUCUACUAGUACAAACACUCAACUAAUCUCGCAACAGCAAUCAUCUCUUCCUUCUACUAGUACAAACACUCAACCAAUCUCGCAACAGCAAUCAUCUCUUCCUUCUACUAGUACAAGCACUCAACCAAUCUCGCAACAGCAAUUACCACCACCACCACCAUCAACAAAUAAUAAAAAAAAACGGAAGAAGCUGGAAGAAACUCAAGCCGAGCAAGACAUUUCAGCUUAUUUUAAAUUUAAACAAUCUAAAAUUCUAGAAAACUGUGACAGUACUGAAAAUUCAAACAAAAUGUUCUUACUGAGUUUACUAUCGGACGUGAACAAAAUGACUGAUAGUCAAAGAAGACUGUUUAAGAGAAGAGUGCUUGCAUUGAUAGACGAUAUAAUGGACCAAAGUAGUGAAAAUAUGAAUAGUCCCAACACACUUUAUUCUACUCCUUCACCGAUGAGUGCUGCCGAGGUAAUAAGUACGCCAAUUACCAUAAACGAAAGUCUGAAUGUAGUACAAUCAAAUACUGCCAGUCUUUAUUAUGAAUCAAUACCUAUGUUAUUAUCACAGGAAGAUGAAGAAUAAGUAAUAAUUAUAAAGUACUUACAUAUUAAAAUUUAAUAAACAUUUAAUUACCUACAUAUGUCA